CUAUUGCGACACAGGACUGUUAACGUCACGGCUCGCUUUGUUGCGCUUCGCUUUGUUGCGCUUCGCAGAUAUUGCGGUUUUGACAAUGUGAAGAACUGCAGGAGCUACUGCUGCUGGGUUGCAGACGAGGCUGCAGGAGCCUGGACAUGGGUGCAGCUCCUGGCAGCCCUGGUGGAGCUGGCUAGGGCUGGAGCCGGGUUUCCCCCCUCUUGCCCCUGCAGCCAAGAGGACCAGGGGAUGGACUAAGCCCCUAGACCCUCUUCCGCCCUUUCCUUGGGAGUUUGCGUUCCCUGAGACACCACAAUAUUGUAAUAAAUUAAUAGACCUACGAUGGCCUCCAAGCAUUCAAGUGAAAGGAAGAGUCGCAUGUCCCUCACUUUGCAUCAAAAGCUAGAAAUGAUUAAGCUCAGCGAGGAAGGCAUGUCGAAAGCCGAGAUCGGCCGAAGACUAGGCCUCUUGCGCCAAACGGUCAGCCAAGUUGUGAAUGCAAAGGAGAAGUUCCUGAAGGAAAUUCAAAGUGCUACCCCGGUGAACACGCGAGUGAUAAGGAAGCGGAACAGCCUUAUUGCUGAUAUGGAGAAAGUCUUAGUGGUCUGGAUAGAAGAUCAAACCCGCCGCAACGUUUGCUUAAGCCAAAGCCUAAUCCAGAGCAAAGCCCUCGCUCUCUUCAAUUCCAUGAAGGCCGAGAGAGGCGAGGAAGCUGCAGAAGACAAGUUUGAAGCUAGCAGAGGUUGGUUCAUGAGGUUUAAGGAAAGAAGCCGCCUCCAUAACACAAAAGGGCAAGAUGAAACACCAAGUGCUGAUGUAGAGGUUGCAGCAAGCUAUCCAGACGUUCUAGCUAAGAUUUUGGAUGGAGGUGGUGACGCCAAACAACAGGAGUUGCUCCUUAUGGGCGAGCAAAGAAAGGGGUUCCUUGAGAUGAAAUCUCCCCCUGGCAAAGAUGCUGCGAACAUUGCCGAAAUGACAACAAAGGAUUUAGAAUAUUACAUAAACUUAGUUGAUAAAGCAGCAGCAGGCUUUGAGAGGAUUGACCCCAGUUUUGAAAGAAGUUCCACCGUGCGUAAGAUGCUGUCAAACAGCAUUGGAUGCUACAGAGAAAUCUUUCGUGAAAGGAAGAGACAAUCAAUGCGGCAAACUUCACUGCUGUCUUAUUUUAAGAAAUUGCCACAGCCACCCCAGGCUUCAGCGAUCACCAAGGUGAUCCGUCAGCAUGACCCUCCAUCACCAAAAAGAUUACGACUCACUGAAGGCUCAGAUGAUGGUUAG